AUGCCGUCCAUUGAACCCAUCCAGAUACAGCCUUUGCCCAUUUUCAAUGGAAAGGAAAAUGGCCUAUCUUCCUUGAAAAGUCCCACCAAGAAUGGGGAUGUAUUUGUGAAUACAUUUGACAUUCCCCUUCCACCUCCAGCUAAGAAGCCUUUGGAGAUCUUGGGUAUAGACAAAGAUACUCCAGAUGGACAUGUUCCAAGGGACCCUAUUCAAAUCCGGUUGACUGGUGUUCACCCGCUUAACUCUGAAUCUCCUCUUACUGCCUUGUUUGACGAAGGUACUAUUCCUCUUGUAUGUGCUGCUACAGGCAAUAUUCGAUUCUAA